CACUUGUUUCCCAGGGAAAGUAUAACAGGGCUGUGUCAUUGGCGCGCGGGCCAAAUUGAACGUCACAACAACGCUUUUUGCUCUAAGCUACUCCCUAAAGACAAUAUUAGAUUUUUGUCAGUGAAAAUAAAAUUGAUCAUGAAGUUCCGAGCAAAAAUGAUUGAUGUUGGUUGCCUUAACCAUUUCACACGUGUGGUGAAUACCAUCUCUAAACUAACGAAGACAUGCAUCCUGCGACUUACUCCAAACAACCUAUAUUUUGUACUGUCUGGUAAGGUAGCCAGCGGAGGAGUCGGCAUGUGGUGUGAAUUAUCUCAGGCCAACUUCUUUGAUGAGUAUCAGCUGGAAGGUGUGGCGCCUGACGCUAAUGAGAUCUGCCUAGAGGUGACCCCCGAAAACCUUUCCAGGGCUCUGAGAACCUCUCAGAAUGCCAAGUGUGUGAAGAUCAAACUGACCAAGAAGCACUGUCCUUGUCUCACUCUCGUUGCAGAACUGCCAACACUUUCCAGCGUCAGUCGUGUUGUCACCCAUGACAUCCCGGUGGACGUGAUACCCAGAAGGCUUUGGCACGACUUCAAAGAGCCCAGAAUGCCAGACUUUGACGUGAGCAUAUAUUUGCCUCCACUGAAAACUAUGAAAAAUGUUGUGGAUCGAAUGAAGAAUCUCUCGAACUUUCUGGUGAUGGAGGCCAACCUGAAUGGAGAGAUGAACCUGAAGAUUGAAACUGACCUGGUGUCUGUCACCACCCACUUCAAAGACCUGGGUAAUCCUCCCUGGGGUGACGAUGGUUCUCAGGGGCGCAGUCAGAGCAGGGACCCUGAGGUCAUGGCCCACACCCGCGUGGACAUCCGCAAGCUGCAACAGUUCCUCAUGGGCCAGCAGGUCAACCCCAGCAAGGCAAUGUGCAGACCAGGGUCGGUGAAGAUUGGACUAUGCCAUCUGAUGACAGACAGAGAGCCUUGACUGUACCAAUAUUGUCCACAAGAGGAUCAUUCAUUUGAUUCUGCUACAUGAAGACGUGUCUCUGCAAUACUUCAUCCCAGCGGUGGCCUAGCAAGACAAACGUUGUCUAACACAAAAGUCAGCUGAGAAGGUUUGUUUUCUUCAGGAUCAAAUUGGCCAUCCCUCCUACUGAAGGGCUAGUGUGUAGGUAUGCUUUUGAUUCAACCCAAUCGUAACACACCUCGUUCAGCUAAUCUAGGUGCUAAUGAGCAGUAGAAUCAGGUGUGCUAGCUAAGGGUUGGAGAGAAAGCUUGCAGGAGGGUAGCUCUCCAGGAGGAGGGAUGGGUGAUCCUAGACUACACAUUCCAUUCAUUUGAGAAGCUUGUAAAUCAACACUGCCGUCAUGUACUUCCAAAAGUGUAACUUAUUCUCAGUGGAAUUUCAUCUUUAAAAUGUAAAAGGUGUACACUUAGACCUCGAACAAAGUUUGUAUAUUAUAGUUUAGUAUUUUAUUUAAUACGCUUACAAAUCUCAAGGCCUUAAAUGUAUUGUCUUUGUAUGUUGCUACUGUAUUGCUGUACAUAGUUUAAUAAUUCCACUCAAGAUGUAGCUACACGCUCAGCCUUCAUGCAUUGUAUGUACUGUUAAUAAAACAUGUUUUAUUUUAUUGUUA